AUGGCUCCGGCACGCAGGGUGGGCCUGCUGCUGUCCCUGCUGCUGCCUGUGGUCAGCGCCUCCAUGCCGGGCACCGUGGUCAGACUCAACAGGGCCGUGCUGAGCUACGUGUCUGAAAUUGGGAAAGCCCCGCUCCAGCAGGCCCUGAACGUCACAGUCCCGUAUUUCCUGGACUGGAAUGGAGAGGUGCAUCAGCCCACAAGGAUCCAGACCUUGAACAUCCGUGUGCCUCACUUCCACCUGAAAUUCGUUGCCGACUUCGGGGUGCGAUUGUUGGUAGCAGCCAAUUUUACUUUCAAGGUCUUUCGAGUCCCAGAGCCCCUGGAGCUGAUGCUGCCCGUGGUAGUGCUGGCCGAUGCCCAUGUGGCCCAGGGCUCCAUCGGGACCCCCGUGGUCAGCAUCUCUGCCUGCUUCCCGCUCUUCAGCAACGCCAAUGUGUCUGAUGGCAGUUCCAGCGUGGCCCCAGGGCCGCUGGCCCUGGUGCAGAAGCACGUCAGAGCUGUCCUGCGGAACAAGCUGUGCCUGAGUGUCUCCAACCUGGUGCAGGGCCUCAACGUCCACCUGGGCACUUUAAUUGGCCUCAACCCUGUGGGUCCAGAGUCCCAGAUUCGCUACUCCAUGAUCAGUGUGCCCAACAUCACUAAGGACUACAUUUCCUUGGAUAUCAACGCCGUUCUCUUCCUACUGGGCAAGCCCAUUGUCCUGCCCUUGGACGCCACCCCCUUUGUGCUGCCACUGCACGUGGGUGCUGAUGGAACCAUGGCAACCGUGGGUCUCUCCCGGGACCUGUUUGACUCUGUCCUCCUGCUGCUGCAGAAGGCUGGUGCCCUCAACCUGGACAUCACAGGGCAGCUGGAGUCGGGUGACAACCUACUCAACACAUCUGUGCUGGGCCAGCUCAUCCCCGAGGUGGCCCGCUGGUUCCCCAAGCCCAUGCCUGUGGCGCUCAAGGUGCAGCUGGGCGCCACGCCCGUGGUCACACUCCAUACCCACAAUGCCACGCUUCAGCUGCAGCCCUUCGUGGAGGUCCGGGCAGUGGCUUCCAACUCAGCUUUCCGGUCCCUCUUCUCCUUUGAUAUGGUUGUGAACCUGAGCCUCCAGCUCUCUGUGUCCAAGUUGAAGCUUCGGGGGACCACAUCUGUGCUGGGGGAUAUCCAGCUCGCCGUGGCCUCUUCCAAUGUGGGCUUUAUUGAUACAGAUCAAGUGCACCCACUCAUGGAUGCCGUGUUCAAGAAGCCCCUGCUGGAUCACCUCAACGCUCUCCUGGGCAUGGGGAUUGCCCUCCCCAACAUGGUCAACCUCCACUACGUCGACCCUGAGGUCUUUGUUUACGAGGGCUACGUCGUGAUAUCCAGCGGACUCCUAUACCAGCGCUGA